CAUCCAUCAAGCAAGUGCCGUUGCGCUUUAUGAGACGCAAGAAAUAAGAGGAACCAGUGUUACGCCUUAUCGUGGUUCCGACUUGUACCGGUUCGAUACCAAUUGGUUUGUGAUGCGUAUACGACCACUGCCCAAGAUUGAUUAGGCGCUGCUCAGGGUUUUACAGUGCCGAUGAACCGAUCGCACCACCAAGACUGCGUUCACUUUCGUUGGUCGUUUUUCUUCUACACUGGUUUACGAUCUGGCUACGUCACAGCAGAAAAAAAAACAAACGAUUUCACUCGAAGAAAAAAAAAGAGUUGCGAGUUCCCUUUGCAGUGCUAGAACUCGAAACGUAUCGUAACUGAUUCGAUGCACCGGUUCUGAAAUGCAACGUGCAGCAGACGCAUUGAUUCGGCCCCUUACCCAGUGCGAACACGACAGCUAAAACAUAUUUAUUCAUGAACCACGAUGACCAUAUUAGUAGUGCUCGUCGUUGGGAAAACCGAACCUGUCCCGGUGCUGGAUCGAACCGUACAGCCGAUCUACACUGAUUAGGUCUUUCGAUUUUCGAGCACUUUCGGUGCGGUCUGCGUCGUGACAUAAAUCCUAGCAUCCCUCUGGGCAAGCAUCCAACUGUGUGGAACAGAGAGAGAGAGAAGAAGAAGACAUCACGGCAAAUUCGUAUUUGCAAUAGGUCACAACAAACGCGCCAACACUUCACCCAUCCUCAUGUAGAACAGUGGCUCAUCGUAGAUUUGCUUCUCCACCGUUCAUUGCUCGUAUUUUGCGUCCUCUUGGGUUGACUGACUUAGGUGGCGUAGUGGUUGGCUUCACUGUACAAACGCCCGAAGCUGAUCAAAUCCCAGUUCUACAGCUUCCAGCGUGUGCCUCGAAACGAAUCGAUCGCACGACGAGGGUCCGAGGGUGUUGUUCGUCUGGGAGCCGAUGCACGUCGUCGCAGCAACUUGAUGCGGUACACCGGAGGGAGAGUCGCGGUGUGUGUGCGGGCGGUUUGUAGUCACAUUUAAAACGAAGGGAGGAAGGGUUAAGAACAAUAAAACAUCACCAAUUAGUUGGACGCGGGUGUUUGGUUCUAGUUUAUAAAUAAGGGUACCGUGCCGGCGAUCCCCAAUAGUCGCUUGCAAUUCGUCGUCCAGUCCGGAGAUCUUUUUGGAGGCUAAGAAGCCUAAAUCUAGGCAGUAAAUUCUUCUGUCAGUACCAUCCCAUCUGGCAUCUUUUGGGGGAGGCAGUUUAACGCUUAGAUUGCUUGUACCACCAAGGAUCAUAGUGGACGUCGGUGCGGAUAGAACCGUUUGCAUAAGUUAGUGACAUCCGGGAGUGGCGAUUGUGCAGCUGAUCAUCAUAAUGAUGAUGAUUUUAUCGGGUGAAACACCUUCCGGGUAAUUGGCUUUUUUGUGUGAUUUGUUGUGCGUGCUUUUUUAACGUGGCCCAAGUGCACUGACGACUAAACACAGUCAACUGUCCACCGAAGGAUAAGACGAUCCUCGCUAUAUCAUCGUCCAACACCUGCUCAGGUGGCGAAGUAAUCGCGUGUGCUACUGUUGUUUUGCGUGGAAGUCUAGCACGGCCUGUGCCUGCGGAAGAGUGCACAUCAGAGUUGGUGUGGCGCGUGCAUCGCUCUCGGACGUUCGGACGCGUCCUCCAUCAUCGGUGCAAGCUCGUGACAGUUCCCGAGGGUACCAUCUCAUCGCCAUCAUCGUUACCAUCGCUAAACGGUUGCUGGCAAGUAGUUAGGUGUGAGAUUAGGGACGUCCGCGUCGUAACACCUUCGCCCCCCGUACCCAAAGCAUCCCAACAACGCGCGCCCACCAAACCUUUGGUUCGGCCGAGUUCAUCGAGCGUGUGUGUACUAUCAACACCCGGAACCACCGUUACCCGGGAGUGUGCUCCCGCAGCGAAAUCAUGAAGAAAACUAUUAUCAAGAUGCCUUCGGAGGAAGGGAAUGCUUCCUCCCAGUCGUCCAGCGGUGACACGAAGCGCAAGGUCAGCAUCAUCACCGAACCGGUCGUCGAGCGAUUAGGGCACGAUAACUUGGGCUUUGAGCAGAACAAACGCAAAAUAUCGCAGCAAUCGCACCAUUCCGAGGAAGGUCCGGCACGAAGGAAAAGCAACCUGCACAACAAUAACUUUGACACCUCGUCCAUCCACAGUGAUCGCUACAAUGGCGAAGCUGGUGGUCGUGCCAAAAAGCAGUCCUUCUCGGAAGCGCUCGAAAAGAUUGAACGAGACUAUGAUAAUUCCCGGCUGGAACAGUCUUGGAUCUAUUCGCUGUGCAUGCGAUGUCGGGUCGAGUACACAACGCCCUCGUGGGAACCGCCCGGUUGGCAAAAAAUUUGCCCUUAUCCCCUGUGUCCGUCCUACCGCCAGUUUGCCCGAAUCCUGUCAAUCAUUCUUAUAGGUGUACUGCUAUGGAUUACGGCGUUUGUCAUCAUCGGCGAUACGGCCGCACCGGGUGGACAAUUAUUCCAACUGGUGGUACUAACAGUGGCAGCCAACUUUGGUGGCUUUCUCAUCUCCCUAACGACACUACCCCGGCUGAUUGGCAUGCUGUUGGUGGGCAUACUGUUCCAGAACGUUGGCUGGGUAAAUCUGGACGGUGAGUUCCAGAUCGUGACGGCCGAACUGCGCAAACUCGCCCUGGUCAUCAUUCUUGUCCGGGCCGGGCUGGAAAUGGAUCCGACCGCGUUUAAAAAGAUCUACAAAACCAUCCUGAAGCUCGGUCUCAUUCCGUGGUUCGUCGAGUGCUCGCUGAUUGCGGUGUGUGCCCGAUUCUUCCUGCAGCUACCGUGGCUAUGGAGCAUCCUGCUCGGUUCGAUUGUUGGUGCUGUUUCGCCGGCCGUCGUCGUGCCCUGCCUGUUCCGGUUGCGCACCAAGGGGUACGGUGUGGUGAAGGGUAUCCCGACCCUCAUCAUUGCGGUGGCCGGUAUCGACGACGCGGUAUCGGUGGCAGGUUUCGGCAUCAUCUCCAGCAUCAUGUUCAGCACGCAGAGUCUCGGGUUGCAGAUUGCACAGGCUCCGGUGUGUAUUAUUGGAGGGCUUGGGUUCGGUGUGGUAUGGGGCUUCCUGUGCAAGUACGUGCCCGAACCGGGCGAUGCGUACGUCGUACCGAUUCGCACACUGAUGCUGUUCGGUGGCGGACUGCUCGCCGUGUUUGGUAGUGAGGAAAUCAACUUCGAAGGUGCCGGUCCGCUGGGUGUGGUGUUUGCCGCGUUCACCGCAUCGUACUUUUGGUGUGGACAGGGCUGGGAGCUGGAGGAUAAUCCAGUGUCGACUGCGUUCGAAAUUUUCUGGAUGAUCUUCGAACCAAUUCUGUUCGGAAUUACUGGUGCUUCUAUUAAGAUUGCUGAGCUGGAUCCUCACAUAGUAUCGAUCGGUGUGGGCAGCAUUUACGUGGUUGCUAUAAUCCGCAUCCUGACCACGGUGGCGAUCGCGUUUGGAGAUAAGCUCAACGUUAAGGAAAAGAUCUUUGUUGCCAUUUCAUGGAUGUCGAAAGCGACAGUACAGGCCGCCCUUGGACCGGUUGCCCUGAAGACGGUCAUGUCCAAUGAAAACCGUACUGAGGAGGAGGUGCAUUACGCCGAGUUGGUGAAGAUGGUGUGCAUCAUGAGCAUCAUCUUAACUGCACCGCUCGGCGCGAUUCUUAUUUCGGUAACCGGUACUAAGCUGCUCAAGAAAACGAAGCAACAGCUUGAGCCCAUGGAUGGUACGUUGGGCUGGCGGCGGAGCCAUCGACCCUCACUGCACGACAUCAGUAUCAUCGACGAGGAGGAAGAGCGGGAAGAUAUCGAGGGUAUCGCGGAUGAGGAUACGGCUGCCAACACGCUGUCCAAUGCCCAGACGGCAACAGCGUUCACCAUCACGAAAUAGAUCACGCUAAAUCGAUCGAGAGCGGAAAGACAAUACGUUGCUAAUGGACAAGAGGUAUCAUGAACGAUCUUUCUAUCUUUUUGACGAAGUGCAUUCCAAAACGUAUGUGGCGCAGCGCGAGAAACUAAGAAAGAAGUGCUAAUUAUGUGCUCCGUUCGUCACAGAGAAGGUACUGAUCGUGAUCGCGUAUCAACAUUCAGUGUAGUUAGCAUAUCGUUAGUUUAAAAAAUUGUUGUUGUAGCGUUUCUACCGUAGAACAAUGAUCGGCCUACCAGCGUACUAUAUUCUUUGCUAUAAUCCAGCUCAACGAUAUCUUCCAAUGAUGGUGAAUGUGAUCAUUUGUAGAUAAAAUAGCGUUUUCACAAAUUGUAUACAUUCCUAAAUCUUACCCCAUAGAUAAUAAUAGUGUAAUGAGCGUACGAUAGUGAUCCGGUAGGAAUGGUACUUUGGCUACCAUGUGCAUUGAGAAAGGACUCGGAUCGUUUGAAAACAUUUGUUUAGUGGUAUUCGCGACAGGAAACAUGAUUCCCUGCGGUACGCCUUGUUUUUUUUUGUAAUCGUAAAUGAAAUAGUACUCGCAAAUGCGCUGUAGUUAGUGUAGCACUGUUAUAGCUCAUUAUUGUUGUAUGAAAAUGAAUGUACUGUAAAAUGUUAAUAGUACUUA